AAACAACCAUACGAUUUGUGUUCUUUCUUUUCUUUAGGGAAACGCGAUGUGAAAUAUGAACGACUAGAGAGUGAAUCAGAAGCAAAGCCUUCUAAGAAGAAGAUCUGUGCAUUGAAGAUCUUUUAUUUAUAUUGCUUAUUAUUUGCGCUUUUCUUUAUUGUCUUCAUUUAUGUACAAGAUGCCUCCAAAGCACCUUAUGCCAAACCAGAAGACUCUGACCUGCCGACUCAUCCUUUACCAAUCCUCCAAACACCACACAUCUACACAUCCGCCAGUCCUCCAUCUCCAAAGGCGUGUGGUGUUCAAGUGAAGGAUGGGCCUGUGGUUAAAGUUGGGCAUCUUAACACAUACGUGAUCGGCUCUUACUUGGAGCAUCGUUUUGGUGAGAAACAGAUAAAGACGAUUGCCAUUGUUCUUCGACGUGAGCAGGCGACGUUCAGUUGUGUGAUGUGCUGCGAUGGGACGACCGUGAGGUUACCAGCUGAAUGCUCAAUUCAUGACGACCACUUUAACUUUGAAUACGGCACCGCUACUAUCACGUGCACAAUCAAAAGCACGUGUUUGACACCGACGCAUGUUGCAAUCACAGCAAGUGGCGUCUCAGGGAGCCUAACAUCCUUCCAACCUAUUAGAAACAGAGACGUUCCAACAACCUUCCCGUAUGAGUUCACAAUCUGCAUCUCUGUCAUGUACGACUACAAGAGUGUGCUGAAUCUAGUCCAGUCCAUGGAGAUGUUCAGACUGCUUGGCGCUCAAAGG